GAAGACGCUACCAUGGAGACAUGUCCAAGUCCUGAAAUCGGCGACUCACGCAAAAGGCCACUCGAUUCCGAUCCGGAAAAUGAACAAACUAAACGCUCACAUUUCAGUUCCGCAUUCCCACAAAACCAAUGAAACUCUCAACCGAACUCAACUCAAACGCAAAUGUGAUAAACCCAAGCAAGCAAAGCAGUUUAACGAAUAUGAAUAUGUUGUGAUAAAGCUACGCAAGUAAUGACUAAUGUUAAAUAGAAAAGCCGAAAGUUAUUAAUCAAACCGAAACGACUGAAUCAAAAAGAAUAAAAAUAAAUCAAAUGCAACUCAUCGCCGGACAGCAGCAUCAGAAUCAUCUCAAAAGAUCGUCAACCUGCCAUCGAGCCAAGCUUCAAGUAUUAUAGAACCGAGUGCACCUGCAGAUCGAUUGCUUCGAACUCUGAACUCUGACCUCAACUCAACUCAACUCAACAGCUGAAUGUUUAAUGAUUGGAAAGCGGCGCGUAGGUUAAAACGAAACAGAGCAACCGCCACAAAAGCUAUCAAAUCGCGACGAGCACACGAAAGGCAAAAAUAAAUUAAGAUUACGAUACGACAAUAUACAAAUCUAAAUAUCGCAUAGCGCAUAAGUCAGUUGGGCAUAAGGAACAGCAUAAGGAACGAGUACAAUCGAUUCGCAAGGCCGAAUCCGGCCGAAUUCCGUCGCAAACCGAGGAAAUCCGAAGACUGAACGGGAACGCCAAACAUUUCCAAUUUCCAAUGGAGAGUAUUAUGAAGGCGGCCAUGGACAGGGCGGCCGAGCAGCUGAUUCAGCAGUUUGGCUUUGAUUACUUGCAGCAGCAGCUGCAGCUGCAACAUCAACAGCUGCAACAGCCACAGCCACAGCCACAGCAGCAACAUCAACAGCUACAGCAAUUGCAACAGCAACAUGAGCUAGAACAUGAACCAGAAAACGAACAUCUCACACACCGAUAUCAGCAAUCAAAUCCCACACAUGUGCAGCAAUUAGCUUUCAACUAUCAGCCACGACAUUCCACAACAACAACAACAACAACCACGUCGUCGCCCUCAUCAACACAUUCGCUGGCCAGCGGCGGCAGCAGCAACAGCAGCAGCAGCAACAUCAGCAACAUAAGCAACAUAAGCAACAUCAGCAACAUCGGCAGCAUCUGCAACACCAGCAACAUAAGCAACAUCAGCAACAUCAGCAGACACAGCAAUCAUAGCAGCGCUGCAUACUCAUUAGCCGUUCAUAGCUACAAACAGCAAGAAAACCCGGCUAAUCCCAACCAUGUUCCACCUCGCCAGAUGGACCAAUCGCCCCUGAGUGAGAAUGGUUCGCCGAAUGGCGGCACGCCGGGCAUCCAAACGCCGCCUGCAACAACGAGUGGCACAGCAGCAGCAGCGGCAACAGGAGCAACUGGAGCAGCAGCAGCAACACUGGCAACAGCAACACUGGCAACAGCAACAUCCGGCAGCCAGCUGCUGGGCAACUAUAAGACUAACUCCUGCUGGUGUUACGGUGAGUCAGUUUGUUCUGGAAUUGAGGUUGAAAUUGAAAAUAAUAACAAUAAUCAUAUUCAUCAUGGCGAGACAACGUAUCACAUGAAAAUACUGGUGCCCGCGGUGGCCUCCGGGGCCAUCAUUGGCAAAGGGGGCGAGACGAUCGCCUCCCUGCAAAAGGACACGGGUGCUAGGGUCAAGAUGUCCAAGUCCCAUGACUUCUACCCAGGCACCACUGAACGCGUCUGCCUGAUCACUGGCUCCACGGAGGCCAUCAUGGUCGUUCUGGAGUUCAUCAUGGACAAGAUCCGCGAGAAGCCCGACCUGACCAACAAGAUCGUCGACGCCGAGUCAAAACAGACUCAGGAGCGGGACAAGCAGGUCAAGAUCCUGGUGCCCAACUCCACGGCUGGCAUGAUCAUCGGCAAGGGCGGCGCCUUCAUCAAACAGAUCAAGGAGGAGAGCGGCUCCUACGUCCAGAUCUCGCAGAAACCGAAGGAUGUCUCGCUGCAGGAGCGCUGCAUCACAAUAAUCGGCGACAAGGAGAACAACAAGAACGCCUGCAAGAUGAUCCUCUCGAAGAUCGUCGAGGAUCCCCAGUCGGGCACCUGCCUGAACGUCUCCUAUGCGGACGUCAGCGGGCCGGUGGCCAACUUCAAUCCGACCGGCUCCCCGUACGCCACCAACCAGAAUGCCAUCAACUCGAGCACCGCCUCGCUCAACUCCACGCUGGGCACCACGAUCGGCGGUGCCAGCUCGGCGGCCAGCCUGCUAGUCAACGGCACGGGCAUCAACUUGUCCAUCAACCUGGGCUCCCCCAACCCGGCGCCCAAUCUAGCGGUUGCCACGCAGCUCCUCGAGCACAUUAAGGUUGCCAUGCGCGGUUCUGGAUACUCGGAGACCGCCACGAACGAGGUGGUCUCCGCUUUGGGCGUCCUGGCCAAGUUCGGCGUCUUGGGGAUGGGAGUGGGCGUGCCGCACACCAACGGCGCCCACUCGACGCUGGGCAACUUCCUCGGGGUGACGGCGCUGGACCAGCAGACCGCGGCCGCCGCAUCCGCCGCUACCGCCAGCAAUGUGUUCGGUGCCGUCGGCCAGGUGAACCUGGAGCAGUACGCCGCCGCAGCGGCCGCUGCAGCUGCCGCCAGCCGGCCGACGCAGUCGCAACUGGACGCUGCCGCGGUGCAAUUCGAUCCAUUCCGCCACUUGGGCUCGGCCACGGCGCCGGGCGCCACGCCCGUCUCGCUGAACAACAACAGCUUCGGGCUGACGGCAGCCACGGGAACGGCGACCACGGCGCAGCUGGGCGGACUCAGCAAGAGCCCCACUCCGGGCGACCUCAGCUCCAAGGACUCGAAGAACGUCGAGGUCCCGGAAGUGAUUAUCGGCGCUAUUCUAGGUCCGAACGGUCGUAGUUUAGUUGAAAUUCAACAUGUUUCUGGCGCAAAUGUGCAAAUUUCCAAAAAGGGCAUAUUCGCACCUGGCACUAGAAAUCGCAUUGUAACCAUAACUGGUCAGCCGAGUGCCAUUGCCAAAGCGCAAUAUCUAAUUGAACAGAAAAUCAGCGAGGAGGAGACAAAGAGGGCGCGACAAAUUCCAUUAACCACUGUUGUGAAUUAAACAAAAAAAAAUCCGAGUUAAGCAACCAACCAGCAAUCUUAACAGAACAACAACAACAAACAAACAGGCAAAAAGCAAAACAACAACAACCAAACUACCCCUGAAACACCAUCUAAAAAAAGAAAGAAAAGUUUUUCGUCUAAAAUUUGUUAAUUUCCUAAAAGAAAAAGAAUAUGAAAAACUAAAACCCGAAACUAAAUAUAAUAUGAGAAGGGAUAACAAAGAAAAAAGGAAACACCAAUUGUUAUGCGUGCAGCUAAGAUUUAAGCAAUUAAAAGUAAUAAUUAUGUAUUGCAAAACCCGUACACUUUUUGAGUAAACUGUUCCAAGGCCUUCACCUCAAGAGAUUUGCUUUAACUAAAAACGCCCUUUAAGACAGAAAGAAAACGAAGUGAGAAAUGAGAUAUGAGAAAUAGUGAAAUGAAAAUUGUAAAAUACUAUGUACUACCUUCUACUAUACAUUGUUGCAUUUGUUUGUCACGCUCGAAACGUAAAAUUGAAAACAAGUUAUAUUGCCUAUUGCCAGUUUAGAGACAAACUAGUUGCGAAAGAAAGAAAAACCGUUUGGGUUUUGUUUGUUUGUUUGUGAUGCGUAUGUUUGCGUUGCGUGUUUUGUUUUUGGUUUGGUUUUCCCGACCAAGCUAUACGAUACGAUACCAUAUACUAUACAUGAUGGGGCAUAUAUACAUAUGUAUAUGUACACAGUUGUUGAGUCUUGUUUAUAUAUUAUAUCUACACACAUAUGCCCAUACAUAUAUAUAUAUACAUAUGCCACCACCCACUUACACACACCCCCCACACACCUAAUUAUUAGCAUUAUGUUGAGCUAAAACGAAAAAAAAUGUGAAAUGAGCGAGCGUUUUCAGUGAAAACUUCAGGUGAUUCUUACCCUCGAAAUAAGGUAAAUAUUUUACUACACCCCACAAAUCAACAACAACAACAAAAACACUUGCUAUUGCAACUACAACAGGCUAGUGAAAAAUACUGACAAUUGCUAAACAAAUUUAAAAAAAAUCUGAAUAACUGAAAAGUGACUUUGUUGACAUUUUCGUGAUUUCGUUAAAGUUUUCUGUUCUAUCUGUUCUCUGUUGUUGCCCCUUCCAUAAUUGCUUAUCGCUGUUAAUAUAUAUAUACCUACUAUAUCCACCUACGAGUCUGCAGCCCGACCUCUGUAUAUGAACACAGUUGAUGUUGAUCAUGAUAAUGUUGUUUAGUUUUAUAGACGAUCCGAUCUGAUCCGAUCGGAUCGGAUCGAGUGGUGUUAAUGUGUUGCGCGCGCACGUGAGUCUCCUUUUGGUUUUGAUUUUGUGCUCCCGAUUUGUUACUCCUUAUAUCUUUUGUUUUAUAUAUAUUAUUUAUGAAAAAACACAUUGCGAUUUGUUAGUUGCCAGUCUGAGAACUGCACCCCUUACUUUUUUUUUGUCAUUUUGCGUUUGUUAACCACAUCUUUGGUAAAUUUAGCACAUUUGUUUCUUACAUUCUAAUUUUAAGUCUUACAUUUUCUCUCACCUAAUGCAUCACAAGUAUCUUAAAGACAAAAACAAGAAAACAUAUGAAAAACCUUAGCAAAACAGACACAGAUUCUUUGUAAAAUAUUCACAUUAAAGCAUUCAUUUAGGGGUUUCUUCAUUCGUCGAAACAGACAAUCCACCAAACAAUUUCCCUUGUUAACUUUAAGUAUUGUGCAAUUGUUAAACAUUAUUUCAACGAACAUUUCACGACGAUUGUAUGUACAUAUCUAUCUAGAAACGCAGUGUAAAGACAAAAGAUGUUAACAUCACAUUUGAAAAUUUCCCAAUUCAUAUAUACACACGAACACAACACAACACACACACACAAGGACAAAAGUACCCAUACGAACACCACUCACCUACAGAGAGAGAAAUGCCUUACUUGUAAUGAAAUUUUUCUUAUUUACUUUAUUCCUUACACAUAUAAUUUAGUUUAACACUUCUUUUCGAUUAAUAAACAAAGAUGAAACGAAAUUUAAAUAAAAUUUGAUUACAAAAACAACAAUAAAAACCUGCAACGUU